CAUACUUCUUCUAAAAAAAAUUAUAAAAUAAAAAAGAACAAGAAAUUCAAAUUCAGCCUAAAAUGCAUAAAUUCAGCUUUAAGAAGUUGAGAGUUGAAGAACUUGUACACAGCAAAUGUAGUAGCAGUGAGUGAUUUGAAAUGAGACCCCAUUUGCCAGAAUUAGCUACUCGGUUGAGCAGAGCCAUACUUUCAAUUUCAAAUCAAACAAGCCCGGCUGGAUCAUGGACCCCUUCACUGGAGCAGAAUUUGCAUCGACUCGGCUUUCGCCAAACGCUGAAUCCAUCUCUCGUCUCUCAAGUCAUCGACCCUCAUCUUCUUUCCCAUUACUCCCUCGCUCUUGGUUUCUUCAAUUGGGCUUCUCAGCAACCUGGGUUCACCCACAAUUCCGAUUCCUACAAUUCCAUUCUCAAGUCUCUCUCCCUUUCACGCCAUUUUGGGCCCAUUCAUAGUCUCCUGAAACAGGUAAAAACUCAGAAAAUUGGCCUCGACUUAUCAGUUUAUCGCUCUGUUAUUGAUUCCUUGAUCAUUGCCAAGAAGACCCAUGAUGCUUUUUUGGUUUUUAAUGAGGUUACUUCAAUUACUCAUAUUAUUGGAUCCGAGCUGUGUAAUUCGCUUUUGGCUGCUCUCUCUUCUGAUGGGUUUUAUGAGCAAGCCACGAAGGUUUUCGAUGAAAUGUCUCUUAAAUGUAUUCCUUUUAACACUCUUGGAUUGGGUGUGUUUAUAUGGAAGGUUUGUAGAAAUACUGAUGUAGUUAAAGUUUUGAACAUGAUAGAUGAUGUCAGGACCAAUAAUUCGGAUGUCAAUGGUUCUAUCAUUGCCACGUUGAUCAUUCAUGGACUCUGUGGGGCAUCUAGACUUGUAGAAGCUUCAAAUAUUUUGGAUGAGCUUAAGAAUAGGGGUUGCAAGCCUGACUUUUUGACGUACUGGAUUCUUGGAGAAGCAUUUCAAUCAGCAGGGAAUGUGGUUGACAGGGAGAAAAUCCUGAAGAAGAAGAGAAAGUUGGGGGUAGCUCCUAGGCUUAAUGAUUAUAAGGAGUACUUAUUUGCUUUAAUAGCUGGGAAACGGAUACGUGAAGCUAAAGAGUUAGGUGAAGUUAUUGUCAAAGGAAAUUUUCCUAUGGAUGAAGAGGUUUCUAAUGUGCUGAUAGGGUCAGUGGCUUCCGUUGAUCCUUACUCUGCUAUUAUGUUCUUCAAGUUCAUGGUUGAAAAAGGGAGAUUUCCAACUCUCUUGACUUUAAGAAAUCUGAGUAGAAAUCUGUGCAAGCAUGGAAAAACUGACGAACUGUUGGAAGUUUUCCAAGUUCUGUGUAUAAAAAACUACUUCAAUGAUUUAGAUAGAUAUCAUUUAAGAAUUUCAUUCUUAUGCAAGGCUGGAAAGGUGAAAGAGGCCUAUGGUGUUUUGCAGGAGAUGAAGAAAAAUGGAUUUGCCCCGGAUGCAUCUUUUUACAAUUCUGUCCUGGAAGCAUGUUGUAGAGAAGAUUUGCUUCGGCCUGCUAGGAAACUGUGGGAUGAGAUGUUUGCUAGUGGCUGUAGUGGUAAUUUGAAGACGUAUAGCAUCCUCAUUCAGAAGUUUUCAAAAUCCAAUCAAAUCGAGGAAGCUUUGGUGCUUUACAGUCAUAUGCUUGGAAAAAACGUCGAACCCGACAUUGCAAUCUACACGUCCCUGCUUCAAGGGCUUUGUCAGGGUUCACAACUUGAAACUGCUUUUGAAGUCUUUAGCAAGUCUGUUGAACAGGAUGUAAAUCUUGCGGCAACCUUGCUGAGCACCUUUAUCUUGUGUCUGUGUAAAGUAGGUCAUUUCCAUGCUGCUUCAAAAUUACUCCGUGGUCUAGCAAGCGGCAUCGCUCAUCCAGACUCUCAUGUAACUUUACUGAAAGGUUUUGCAGAUGCUGGAGAGGUUCCACUCGCUAAGCAGCAUGUAGAGUGGGUUCAUGAAACUUCUCCAUCAAUGUUGUCUGUUAUAUCCACCGAGUUAUUAGCAUUUCUUCCUUCCUCUCCAAAAGCAGAUCCAAUUUUACAGAUUCUUCAAACAAUACAAGAACUAUCACGAUUCAGCAAUUGACGAAGAUGUGAGAAAGAUCUUAAGUAGAUUCUAUCCACUGCUUUUUUCAUGAAAACAACUUCCAUUAAGAAAAAAUAAAAGAAUACAAGGGCAUACAAAAAAAAUCAGUCCACCAAAACACCCCUACUAAAAGAGGGAGGACCAACUUAGUAAAAUGUUACCACUGAGACAACUGGAUGCUGUUUGUUCUAUAGCUGGUGAAAAUUUUGUGUUAAAAGGUAUAAACAUCUUCAAUAUUGCUUCUUUGUUUCUUCCUCUAUGGAAGCAUGAGAACUAUAGUAAAGAGUAAAGAUUUUUAUUUAACCAUGCACGAAACCUAGUGUAUAGGCAUCCAUUUUUUUGCUGAAACUUCACAAGGGUUGUUUAUAUUAUAGCUCAGGAAAGGAGCAAUGCUAAUUAUUUGACCUUGAAUUUUGGA